GGGAGAGCAUGAGAGCCCUCGUGUGAGCUCGCAGACGGAGAGAGAGAGAGAGAGAGAGACGUUGGGGGACGUGGGGAGGAAACGUGUUUUCUGCACGCCUGAUCGAGGAGCGCCCGUGCUUUGGAUUUCGAGCGAACGGAGAAGACGACUCCAGCCCCGAGCUGGGCUCCUCCAGUGCUGAAUGGGAGAGACGGAGGGGCUUAGAGAGAUCUAUGCAGCGCCCCGGCCCCUGGCCCAGAUCCCCCCCUCGGGCAGAGGAUCUCCGCUUGGGCUCCGUCGCCAGGAUCGUCGCCGUCUCUCUCUCCGUCGCUGCGGGCCCCCCAGCCGAGCUCUUCGAAGCCACGAGUAAACGGGAGAUAUGAGCUCCAAACUCUACUCCGACUGGAUCCCCUACAGCGUGCUGGACGAUGAGGGCAGCAACCUCCGCCAACAGAAGCUGGACAGACAGCGUGCUCUGCUGGAGCAGAAGCAGAAGAAGAAGCGGCAGGAGCCGCUCAUGGUGCAGUCCAACAUGGACGCCCGCUCCCGCGCCCGGAGGACCAAGCAGUCAGAGGAGCAGGCCCCGCUGGUGGAGUCCUACCUCAGCAGCAACAGCAGCACCAUCUACCAUGUGCAAGAAGCCGAGCAGGAAGAGGGUGUAGCGGACCCGCAGGCGUCUCGUUCGGCCAAAAAGGCCAAGGCCGCAGCCUCCACCCCACAAACCGGCAGCGCUAAAAAGGAGAAAAAAGGGAAGCACAAAGGGAUCGAUGGACCAGCCGCCUUCCAGGAUGAAGCACGGGACCUGAACAGUCAGAUCCAGAUCCUGACUGUGGGCCAGUCCUCCGCGGACGAAGGCGAAGGAGACGCUGUGGGCGGCGGUCAGCAGCAGAGCAAGCAGGACCUGAGAGUCACCAUGCUAAAGAAAGGCAUUUCCAGUAGCAUGAACUUUGAUGAAGAGGAGGAUGACGACGAUGAUGAAGACAGCUCCAGUUCCUCACAGCUCAACAGCAGCACCCGACCUGGCUCAGCCACCAGCAAGAAGUCCAACAAGGAAGCAGCCUCGGCAUCCACCCCGGUCAGCGAGCCGGCCAUCGAGGUGGGCGACUUGGAGGAGUUCAACCUGAGACCAGCGCCCCAGGGGGUGACAGUGAAGUGCAGGAUCACACGAGAUAAGAAGGGCAUGGACAGGGGCAUGUACCCCACCUACUACCUCCACCUGGAGAGAGAGGACGGCAAGAGGGUGUUCCUGUUAGCUGGAAGGAAGCGAAAGAAGAGCAAAACAUCUAAUUACCUCAUUUCCAUCGAUCCAACGGAUCUUUCCCGAGGGGGAGAAAGCUUCAUCGGGAAACUGAGGUCAAACCUAAUGGGGACCAAGUUUACGGUGUAUGACAACGGCGUAAACCCCAUGAAGACCCCGUCCAGCUUAGAAGCCAGCAACCUGCGUCAGGAGUUAGCCGCCAUCUGUUAUGAAACCAAUGUUUUGGGCUUUAAAGGACCUCGAAAAAUGAGCGUCAUCAUUCCUGGAAUGAACAUGGAGCAUGAGAGGGUGUGCAUUCGGCCACGAAACGACCACGAGUCCCUGCUGGCGCGGUGGCAGAACAAGAGCACGGAGAGCGUGAUCGAGCUGCACAACAAGACGCCGGUGUGGAAUGACGACACGCAGUCCUACGUGCUCAACUUCCACGGCCGCGUCACCCAGGCCUCCGUCAAGAACUUUCAGAUCAUCCACGACAACGACCUGGACUACAUCGUGAUGCAGUUCGGCAGGGUGGCGGAGGACGUCUUCACCAUGGACUACAACUACCCCAUGUGUGCCCUGCAGGCCUUCGCCAUUGCCCUCUCCAGCUUUGACAGCAAGCUGGCCUGCGAGUAGCGAGCGUGCCAUCCCACGGCUGCCACCACGUCCUGUUUCCUGACCACCGUUAUCACCACCUUUGGCCACCCCUCCCCAGCCCCCUCCACCCCUAGGGUAGCUCCCAGGGACCCACACUGUCUCCCUGCUUGAAAAGAAUGAGCACCCUGCACCUCUCACCCCUCCCAAAAAAUGUGGAGUGAUGAUGAACAUGGCUCAAGGGACACAAAGAGGUACUGUAAGAUAUUGGACAUCCAGUUGUGUCUUCUCCUUAUGUUGGAGUCGUUGGUGUGAGGUCAUGUCAAUCUGCACUGGACAGAAGCACAACUCACUCAUGCAGUAGACAUUGUUUGUUUUGUUUAUUUGUUUUAAAAGAUGACACGUGAACUGAAACCCUGACAAUGGCCGUGACCAUUGCUGUUAUUUGUAACUGUGUUGCGAGAUCAACGUUGUUUCAUUGAUGGAUAACAUCCACCUCGGAUGUUGGAUUGACACUAAUGAUAUGAAGCUCAAUCUUUGACAUUCCUAAACUGAGCAAAGGCUGCAUCAAAGCAUUCCCCCUUAUCAUUCUGUACUCUACAUAUUUAACAGUCAGUCAACAUUCAUUCAAUCAACAUUCGGUCAAUAAGCCCAGUUGUUCUUUACCAAAACUGCAGUCAUAUUACCUUCCCUACAUGAACAGAUUCAGUCAUAUCAUUCUGUAUUUUGGCAUGCACAAGGGUCGAGAAUGUGUUGCAAUGUGCUUGGCCACUCUGAAUUACACAACAGAGACAGAUUUAUGUAUUUAUUGCAUUAUUUAUGUAUUUAUGUAUUUUCACAUUAUUUUUAAGAUAUUCUAUUCCUUAUUUAUUGAUUUUACAAAAAAAUACAUAAUACAGAGUCGACAUAAUACUAUAAAGUAUGAAGCACAUAGUUGUAGUCUGAUUGACAAGGAUUUCCACCGCAAACCAAAAAAAAAAUGAGGAGCAAAGGGUUGUGAAGUGAGAAGUGAAGCAGGAUGGAUCAAAGAUUUUGCUUUCAUAUUAUCCUUGUACCUUGUCAAACAUCGCAGACAGCAGACUAUGGUUGCCUGGGAAUCCGAGGAAUGCAGCACUUUAACUAGCGUUUACGGUGUUUGUGAGUUAGCUGUAAAUAUUGUGCCUUUGGAGACAAAAUCCAAUGUUAUGCUUUAAUUCUAAAAAAACUGUCCUAAAGUGACAGAGAAGAAAUUUGUAAUGAAUUUCCAAUCUUCAGUGUCUGCCUCGUGUUUACUCUUUUUAUAAACGUGUGGUGGACUUGUAUGUUUAUGAGCCAGUUUUGUUUUUUUUUUGUUUUUUUGAAACCACGCUUUUUUCAUUCCUUUUAUAUUCACAGGACUGGAACGUUUCCUGUUAAUUAGUCCUCAGUCUUACACACACUCAUGUGGUGCAUUCACUGUCUCAGUGUUAGAAUCCCAACACUAACAAGAGAUCAUUGUAUACUGGAAGCAAAAUGUGACUCCCAGAGUUAUCCCUGUUUUUGCAAGACUGCAAAAAAACUGCCCUCUGUUCAAGGUAGGCCAAGGUCUUCCACUUUUCAAUUGAAAUCUGAACUAGUUAUACCCCUGUGGGCAUUAGGAUUUUUAAUGACUUUCUGUACUUCAGAGCAAAGCCAGUUAUGAAUUCAGAAUUUUUUGUCACUUGUCAGUUGCUAUCUGGGUGAUUAAUCUGUGACCGGAAUUAAACUCUACUCUCUAUAAACAUAGCUGUAUAAACCACAGUGCGGCAGGUUUUCUGUAGAGUGACAGUUUGGGUGAGGCCAUGAUGGCACAGUGGUUCAAAGGUGUAUACACCUUAAGCCCCAUACUCCUCCUACAGCUGGAACAGGUCCUCCCUGUCCUGCACCCUCCCAGGUGUGUCCAGGUCGAGAAGGUGGGUGUAGCACAGCCCUGUGAAUUUCUUGUCAGUACCCAUGUAUCAUACAUACAGUGCUUCAGUUACCUUUACUGGGUCCUCUGUAUAAGCUAGUACAUCACUGAAUAUUUCAGUGACUACUAACAAGAACAAAUGCUUUACAUUGCCCCAACACUGUCUGUGCAUAUCUUCUGUUUUUUUUUUUAAACAUAUAAAAGCAAAAUCCUUUCACAAACACAAAAGGCCCUGUCACUGUUACCAACCCUAUGGGAAAAAGAAAACAAAAGAACAAGCCUUUAAGAAAUGUAAAAUGUAAGAAACUUAUUGCUUAUGAAGAAUAUUUUCAUGAGUAUUUUCAAAAUGUCUAA